AUGGUGGCUACGUGGCAUCGCAGCACGUGGGCCUGCUGGAUGUGCAUGUUCAUUAACGGGCUGGUGGCUGGUGCCACUAGUGCUCCGAUCAUCAUUGAUACCGACAUGAAUGUCGACGAUAUGGCAGCCCUUGUCUAUUUGGUACGCAGCGGCGCCGAUAUCAAAGGCAUCACUGUGAGUGCCACUGGUUUUUCUGGGCAGUGGGCGGGCGUUGACAGCGCCCUGCGGCUUCUGCACAAGCUGAAUCGCAGCGACAUUCCAGUAGCUUUUCAGGAAGGAUACUUGGGUUCAACGCGUCUGAACCUGGACUAUCCAAGCGGAAUGCCUCCGUCGGAGUGGACAGAGGCCAACAACCGCUAUCUCGAGCAGUGGAUUGGCUUGGAGCCGAGUCAAAAGCCUGCGGCGUGGCAGAGCGCGCCUCAGCUGAUCUGCCAGAUCCUGCAGAGCGCGGACUUGCAGAGCGUGUUCAUUUUGGAGCUGGGCCCAUACACUAACCUCGCGGCAGCGCUGCACAGGAGCGACUGCGCCGCGCUGUUUCGAUCGAAGGUCCAAGGCUUAUAUGUGCAAGGGGGCAGGCUGCAUGGAGAUGAUGCUCAGAAGAUUCAGCAGUCAGGUGCAUUGCGGGGCUCCGGCCCUGGCUCUGGAUUUCCUUGGACCACUGAGAAGAAGCCAAAUAAGGCUUCAUGGAAUGUUUUUCUGGAUGCUGUCUCUGCAGCACAAGUGUGGACUUUUGGUCUUGCCACUGUGGUUCUUUCGGACAAUGCUUUCGAACAUUUGCAGGUCGAUCCCAGUGACCCAGGCAUGUAUACCCCUCGCAAUUGCACGAACAAGCUGCUGGCUGACGUAAUGCUGAACUGGGCACCAGCACACAACGCAGAGUGGUCAGGUUUGAGCUACUGGGAUCAGGCCACUGCAGUUGUCAUGAUGCAGCAGCUUUUGACAAAGGAAUCUGCCUGCCAGCGCUGGGUGGAGUCCAACAUCACGAUCAGCCUGCAGAACGAUGCGACUUACGCCACGUACCAUGAGGGAAGCCUCGGAGCACCCAGCGAGGCGUGCCUUGCAACAUCACGGGUGGCUCUCCUCAAUGACUUCUACAGCGCAGGGUGCGCAUGA